AUGCCGCGCACUCAACUGCUCCUCCCCAACACCUGCCCACCUCAGCCUUGCCGCCUCUGGUUGGCCGAAGAUGCCCUCCCUGCACCAGAGGACCAAACGCUCCGGACGUGGCCCCGUCCUGCACCGGAUCGCCGUGGAGCACACGUGGGAUCCAUGACGUCGUCCAUCGGGUUUCGUCCUCUUGUGGGAAUCUUCCAUCUCGAGAAUGACGCGACAACGCGGUCACAACCUGCGGCAACACCUCGCACGUGUAGCCAUUGCGAGUCCACAGAUGCCGACUGUAGACCGCGCGCCCCCAAAUACAACCCAUUCAAUAUGGCCAUGUCACAGGCAGCCUAUGCGGCAGAGCAGGCCAUCGGCCACCAGGACGAUGAGGUCACGGCCCAGGACAUUUCGAAUUACGAAAAGACGGGCGACAAGUCCGCCAUGAUGAAAGCUCUGGUGUGGCAGGGCAAGAACACGGUCGAGAUUGUAGACGCAGCCCGCCCCAAGAUCAUCGAGGACCGCGAUGUCAUCCUCCGCGUCACCGGCAGUACCGUCUGCGGAUCCGACCUGCAUCUCCUCCAUGGCGCCGUUGUCCAGCUUGCCAAGGGUGAUAUCCUCGGUCACGAGUUCUGUGGCAUCGUCGACGAGAUGGGUCCCGCCGUGAAGGGCAUCAAGAAGGGCGCCCGUUACGUAGCCUCCUUCCAGAUUGCCUGCGGUGACUGUUUCUUCUGCCGUCAAAAACUCUCGUCGCAGUGCGAGAAGUGCAACUCCAACACCCAGGCCAAGGCUAUGUACGGAACCCAGACGGCAGGCAUGUUUGGCUACUCUCACUUCACGGGCGGCUUCGCUGGCGGCCAGGCCGAGUAUGUGCGCGUGCCCAUUGGCGACGUCAACCUUCUUGAGAUCCCAGAGGAUGUCCCCGACGAGAAGGCCCUCUACCUGUCUGACGUGCUGUCCACCUCUUACAACGCUGUCAAGGACACAGCCGUGUACGAGGGUGACAGCGUCGCUGUGUUCGGUGCUGGCCCCAUUGGCCAAAUGGCCGGUGUUUUUGCCCUCGAAGACGGCGCCAAGCGCGUCAUCUUUGUCGACACGGAACCCCGUCUCUCCUUUGUCAAGUCCCGCUGGCCUGCCGCACACGCCGACAAGCUUUACCUCGUCGACUACAAAACGCUGUCCCACGGCGUCACCAACAAGCCGACCGUCGUCACCGCCCUGCGCGAUCUCACCGACGGCCGCGGCCCCGACGUUGCCCUCGAGUGUGUCGCCGGCGAGUACCCCAAGGGCUGGGCCCACUGGCUCGAGCUUCAGCUCGGCCUCGAGACGGACACGUCGGAGAUUGUCAACGAGAUGAUCGAGUCGGUGCGCAGCUUUGGCCGCUGUGGCAUCACGGGCGUGUACGUCGGCUACACGAACCACUUCAACAUUGGCUCCCUCAUGGAGCGCGGCGUGCGUCUCAUCGGAAACGGCCAGGCGCCCGUGGCACAAGUACUGGAAGGAGCUGCUCGAGGCGGCUCCAGAACGGAUCCCUCGACGUCUACCAGAUGCUCCCCGCACCCGCGGGGCGCUUCGAGGACCUCGACAAGGUCUAUUACAAGAAAAAGCAGUAACGAGAAACAUAAAAUAGGUACUUUAAGGGACAACAAUGAUUUCUUCCUCGCUCCGAGGUCAGGUCUACGCUUUAUCGUACUAGGCAGGGGGGGUCCCAUGUGGAUGGGUGCGCGGAUGGGACGUUUUUCACAGUAUAUGUGGAUAAUAUUGUAA